AUGUCGUCCUCUCGGCUCUCGUUGCGUCCCUCGCCCUCACGACCCAAAUCUUCCGGCAGGAAAGCAGCUCUACUGCCUGCUCAAAUCCCUCUCCCGCCGUCGCCUCCCGCCUCAGAUGGAAUCGAAGAUCCCUUCGGUCCGCAAUCACCCCAGCGGGGAUCCUCCCGUCGAGUCUCCCCACGAGCUAAAACAUCCGCGUCUCGGCAACCUGUCCCCCAACCUCCACGUCGCCGCAGCACCCAUCUGGCGCUCGAGGCGGUCGUCGAAUCCAAGCAAGACAUCGGCCGAACGCGCUCCAGGAAGCGUUGCGUGCUUGCAGACCAGCUCGACUCCAGCUCGCCUCCCACGAGUCCGACCAACAGGAAAUCCGCCCGGACUACUAAGCGAGUCAAGCUUUCCCAAGCAUCUCCUGCUUGUCGAUCGCCACCCUCUUCGCCCAUUCGUGCCCCCAGAGAUACUCCUAAUAACCCGUUCCUUGUACUCCAGAAAUUCUCAUGUUCCCUCUCUUCCUUGCCGAUCUGUGAUUGCUGCAAGUGGAUCUCGAUUUCGAAUUUUGUAGCUGGAAUCUCGGGCAAAAUUCCGGUAGGCUAG